AUGAUUUUCCUACUUGUUACCUAUCUAUCUAUCUAUCUAUCUAUCUAUCUAUCUAUCUAUCUAUUUAUCGUAUAUAAAUAUGCCUCAUCAUUACAUCUAUCUAUCUAUCUAUCUAUCUAUCUAUCUAUCUAUCUGAUUGUUUGUAUGUCUCUACAUCUGUCUGUCUCUAUAUCUGUCUGUCUGAUUGUCUGCCUGUCUGUUUCAUUCUCUAUCUAUCUAUCUAUCUAUCUAUCUAUCUAUCUAUCUAUCCAUCUUGUUUGUAUGUCUCUACAUCUGUCUGUCUCUAUAUCUGUCUGUCUGAUUGUCUGCCUGUCUGUCUAUCUAUCUAUCUAUCUAUCUAUCUAUCUAUCUAUCUAUCUAUCUAUCUAUCUGAUUGUUUGUAUGUCUCUACAUCUGUCUGUCUCUAUAUCUGUCUGUCUGAUUGUCUGCCUAUCUAUCUAUCUAUCUAUCUAUCUAUCUAUCUAUCUAUCUAUCUAUCUUUGUCAUUCUGUAUGUCUGUCUGUCUAUCUUUUCUCAUUCUGUCUGACUAUCUAUCUAUCUGUUUGUUUGUAUGUCUCUGUCUCUGUCUAUAUCUGUCUGUCUGAUUGUCUGCCUGUCUGUCUCUAUAUCUAUCUAUCUAUCUAUCUAUCUAUCUAUCUAUCUAUCUAUCUAUCUAUCUAUCUCAGUCCAUUAUCUAUCUAUCUAUCUAUCUAUCUAUCUUUUCUCAUUUUAUCUAUCUUUUCUCAUUCUGUCUAUCUAUCUAUCUAUGAGAAUAGUGCCCGCAAAGGAGACGGCUAUUGCUAUGUAGAAGAUCAAUCUUGUAUUAUCUCCGUGACAAAAACCAGAUUACUAUCUAUAAUCGCAAUUUUACACUUUAGACACGUGAUCAUUAACAGAAAGAAAAUGAUCGUCGUUGCUUUGACGAAACUUUUCCCUGCUCAGGUCUGA